AAAUUUGGACACACACGUGUGGGGGAUAAUCGUCAGAAAAGAGUCCUACGGCCCCUGCGCUGUCUGUGUUCCCCCAUUUCUCAGUUUCGUAUAAGAGACAUCAAAGCGGACCAAAUUGGAAGAGAAUUUGCAGAGCCCUCAGAUAUUGUACUGCUAGUAUUCUAGUGCCUCACCCAUACCACAAACUCACACAGAGAUAUAUAUAUACCCACACUCACAAAUAUAAGAGAGAGAGAGAGAGACAUGCCUGGAAGCUUGGAGCCCUUGGACGUGGGGGUUCAGAUCCCGUACCACUUCAGGUGUCCGAUCUCGCUCGAGCUGAUGCGGGACCCAGUCACCGUCAGCACCGGCCAGACGUACGACCGGCACAGCAUCGAGUCCUGGGUGGCCACCGGAAACACCACGUGCCCGGUCACCCGGGUCCCGCUCACCGACUUCACCCUCAUCCCCAACCACACCCUCCGCCGGCUCAUCCAGGAGUGGUGCGUCGCGAACCGGUCUUUCGGCGUCGAGCGCAUCCCCACCCCGAAACAGCCCGCCGACCCGGCAACGGUCCGGACGCUCCUUCACCAGGCCGGUUCGGAGUCCACUCCGAUUCAAUUGCGUAUCUCCGCGCUUCGACGGCUCAGAGGCCUCGCUCGUGACUCCGAAAAAAACCGGUCCGUCAUCUCCGCGCAUAAUCCACGUGAACUCCUGCUUUCUGUUCUGUUUUCCAAUACAAAUCUCGACUCGACCGAGUUGAAUCACGAGGCACUCGCGAUUCUGUGCUUGUUUCCGCUAACCGAAUCGGAGUGCGUUUUCGUUGGCUCCGAUUCGGACCGAGUCAACUAUCUCGUGUCUCUCCUGUUUCAUUCCUUGAUGGAAGUCCGAGUCAACUCGGCCGCACUGAUCGAAAUCGUCGUGACCGGAACCAGAUCGACUGAGCUCCGAUCGGAAAUCUGUAAUGCCGAAGGAAUCUACGAAGGAAUCAUCGGCGUUUUCAACUGCCCAAUCGCGUAUCCGCGCGCGUUGAAGGUCGGAAUCAAGGCGCUGUUCGCUCUAUGCCUGGUGAAGCAGCACCGCCACAGGGCGGUGGCUGCGGGGGCGGUGGAGGCGCUGAUCGACAAGCUGGCGGAUUUCGAGAAGUGCGACACGGAGAGAGCGCUGGCCACGGUGGAGCUCCUCUGCCGGAUCCCGACGGGGUGCGCGGCGUUCGCGGGACACGCGCUGACGGUUCCGCUGCUGGUAAAGAUCAUACUGAAGGUGUCGGACCGGGCGACGGAGUACGCGGCCGGGGCGCUGCUGUCGCUGUGCUCGGCGGCGGAGGGGUGCCAGAGGGAGGCGGUGGCGGCGGGCGUGUUGACCCAGUUGCUUCUGCUGGUCCAGAGCGAGUGCACGGAGAGAGCCAAGCGGAAGGCGCAGAUGUUGUUGAAACUGCUCCGGGAUUCGUGGCCGGAGGAUUCUGUUGGAAAUUCUGACGAUUUUGCUUGCAGCGACGUCGUUCCGUAUUGAGUGUUUUUUUUUUUUGGAGUCCCCAAACUUCUUUGUUUUCGUAUUUUCAAAAUUAAGGGAAAGGAAAAUAUGGAAAAAAUGAGGUACUGGAUUGGUACAUAGAGAAAUGUAUUCGUGUAUGUAUUUUCGUAUGUACGAAAUUUUGUCAAAGAUUAUUUAAAAAAAAAAUUAAAGUAACUAAUUUUCUGUUA